AGCAUUUUAGUCCUUCUUCAGUCCACUUUGUGAAGUAUCUCCAUCUGCAGGCACCCCCCACUUUUAACUUUUGGGCUUACAAACCCAACAAAAACAACAAAGCAUCCUCUCUCAAACUGUGCUGGAAAAGUGGUUUGGUUUGUCCCUCUUGACUGAAGACGGGUACUACCUGCUGGAGAUCGGACGGAAACGGUCGGACGGGUUGCUGCCCAAUAAUUGACUUUACCCCCUAUAUCUAUUUACAGGAAGGAUUUGUGCUCAUAGACUGAUCAAUAAGAGAAUCGUGUUUGGCUUGUUCUCUGUUGUUCAAAUGAAUGACAGAGAUGACUUAGCUCCGGUUGUUUAUUCCGGCCUUUGUGCUUCUUGUGCUUUAUGCCAUCGAUGUUUUCCACCUGAAAAUGAGGCCGGUGAUCUUCAAGCUGUUAUUACUAUUUGUGGAGAUUGUAAGUUUUUGCUUUUGGAGGAUCACCGCAACCCUGCCCUGGAAGACUAUGAGAGAGAGCUUCGAAGGUUAUCAGGAAGGAUGCGGCACCAUGUAAGUUCUGAAUCAUUCGACGAUCUCUUUUCUCGGCGAUUCUCGCAUGCCGUUAAUCCAGUUAGGCAAAACCAGGCCAACAGCUAUGAGAAUGAUUAUUUAAUGUUAAGUCGCCGUACGAGUACUAGAACUACACCUAGUGGAUCCAGGAGAAGGAGAUGGGUUUCACUUUCUGACACAGAAACUGAUGGUUUUGAUUCUUUCCUUGGAGAGAGCGAAUCAAAUUUCAGUUUUGGUAGCUCUAGGUUUAUGCUGGGCGAAAAUGACUCAAUUUCUCUCAGGGGUUCUGAUGCUUUUGCGGAUGAUCAUAAUGGCUUCUUUGAAAUUGACGAGUAUAGCCAUGCGGUGGGUGGUGUAAGUGAAAAUGAGCCUGAUACUGAUAUCGACCCAAUGCAUGCAGGUCUCUACCCUUGGAACUCGGAAGAUAUAGAAGAAGACGACGAUGAAAGCGUGUAUAAUGGUUGGGAAGAGAACACAUUUGCUUCUGUGGGACCUGGUUCUCGAGUUCAUAGCCGCCAACAUGCUCUCUCACCGCAUCAAGAUAGCACAAUGCAUCUGCAAAUUCAGGAAAUGACAACAGGAACCAUUAUGCUUUCUAAUUCAGAGGAACAAAAUUAUGUUCCAAGUCCCGAACUCCAAAACUAUCUUCGCCUUACUGGAGUUGACGAAAUGUUGGAGCAUCUUGCGGAAACUGAGAACUCCUCAAGUCGAGGGGCCCCCCCUGCUGCCAUUUCUUUUGUACAUAGCUUGCCACAACUUGUUAUUACUGGAGAAGAUCAUCCCGAGGGGAAGUUGGAGGAGGAUGGAUUAUUGGCUUGUGCAAUCUGCAAGGAUUCUCUUCCUGUUGGCACGGUAGUGAAUCAGCUACCAUGUUCUCAUCUCUAUCACCCCUCCUGCAUUUUGCCAUGGUUAAGUUCGCGAAACUCAUGCCCCCUUUGCCGGUAUGAGCUCCCAACCGAUGACAAGGAUUACAAUGACAGAAAGCAGCAUCGCACCACAGUGCUACUCGAUUUCGAACGACAAAUCCAGCAACUAGAAUUGAGCGACAGAGAUGGCUACUCAGAAGUGGAUCAAGAAAUUGAUGCAAGUGUGGGUCAUGCCGUGUAUAGGGCGAAUACAAGAAGAGGUUGGGUAUAUCUGGCAGCCGCUACUGCUCCAUUUUUCGGUGUCCUUUUGAUGCUAUGUUUUGGUGGCAACCGUGUUGCUGGCAGAGGGUGCCGGCGGAAUGAUACUGGGACUAAUUUCAGUUCAUUGGGAAGACAUCCCAUUCCUGCUAUAAGAAGGGAUAGUGGCCAGAAUAACAGACCUUGGUGGUUUCCUUUUUAACUUUUGUAUAGUGGUUUGUCUUUCCUUUGUUUGAGAUGAUUUGUUGUCUGCAUGAGUUAGGUUUUUCCACUCCAUGUCAUUUCACCAAAUGUCAAACCGACCUCUUUGGUUGGCUGAAGACAACUAACUCUGCUUCAGGAUCAGUGCUGAUGUCCCAAAGUUGUAUGUGUCGCAAGCUCCCAACCUGGCGUUGCACUUGUGCUGUCUCCUGGAAACUGAGUGUUGUUGAUUUAACGUACAGUACUAAGUUAUUGCCGCAUCAAAUCAGUAUUGGACCUUCCCCGGAAGUUCAGCACCCUUACCCGAUGGGAACCGGACUGAAACAGUGUAGGUGUUGGGUAAGUAAAUAUGGGAGGACUGAAACAGUGUAGGUGUUGUGUAAGUAAAUGUGGGAGGAGAAAGUAUUUUGUUUGUAUGUAACCACGUAAAAUUGUUGCAGCCAAACACAAUAAGUAAAGUGAAAUAAUAAUUUUAAAAAUUAAAGUAUAACUUCUAUGAGAGUUUUAGAGAGUAACUUCUAUGAGAGUUUUAGCAACAAAUAAAGGGAAUGGAUUUUUCCAGCCACCCAAAUUAGUACUUGAAGCCACCAAUUUUGAAAAAUUCCUCUUUUGCCCCUGUCACUCGGACUGAACCGGGCAAGUCAUUUGGUUCGAUUCACAUGAGAACGGACAAAUUAUUAAUUUUUAUUUUAAUGUUAGUUUAUUCGCAGUAUUUUUACAUGUUGAAUAUCUCGUACUUAAAUAUUAUUAACAAUAUUUAUACUUUAGUGCUUAAACUCUCGAUUUUAUAUUUACUUGAAAAUAAACAAGUAAUUAAUUUUUACUUGAAAAUAAAUUUAAGAUUAUUUGUUAAGUUAAUUUAUUUGAAUUGAUAUUAAAUAUAAAUUUU